UCGAAGUGUUUAUGUCGGCAGUUGACAGAAGCGUAUAUGUAUAUGACUGAUCAUAAGUCACCACACCCAGUGACCGGAUUGUCGGUUUUAGGAUAUAUUAGAUUUUAGAUCGGAUGAUUGUUCACGUGCCGUCGAGUGUGUGGUUUUGUGAACGUUGUGGCGGACAAGAUUCGUGAUGCUGUGCGUGUAAUGAUAUAUAAUUUUUAGGAGUGGUGUGCCUCGGUUGAUAGGCCUGCCGAAAGGAUAGGGAUCCGCGCGCGAGGACGGUUUGCGGCCCUCCGCCCUGAAGAAACAUGGAGUGCUGCAUGUCGGAAGAAGCAAAAGAACAAAAAAGAAUCAAUCAAGAAAUAGAGCGGCAACUCCGAAAGGAUAAACGCGAUGCCAGAAGAGAACUCAAAUUGCUCCUGCUUGGCACUGGUGAGUCCGGCAAAUCAACAUUCAUCAAGCAGAUGAGAAUCAUUCACGGGUCGGGCUACAGCGACGACGACAAACGCGGCUUCAUCAAGCUCGUCUACCAGAACAUCUUCAUGGCGAUGCAGAGUAUGAUACGCGCUAUGGAUCUACUCAAAAUACAAUAUGGAAAUUCGUCCAAUGAGGAAAAAGCGGAGUUGAUAUCAUCAAUCGACUAUGAAAGCGUUACAACGUUCGAAAGUCCCUACGUUGAGGCUAUAAAGGGCCUAUGGGCCGAUUCGGGUAUACAAGAGUGCUACGAUCGCAGGCGAGAGUACCAGCUCACUGAUUCAGCAAAAUACUAUUUGCAGGAGAUUGACCGCGUCGCGGCCCCAAAUUACUUACCGACCGAACAAGACAUUCUGCGCGUGAGAGUGCCCACGACGGGUAUCAUUGAGUAUCCGUUUGACUUGGAAGAGAUAAGAUUUAGUUAUUUAAGUGAUUUGGCAAGAAUUGAGAGUGCCGACUACCUACCGACAGAGCAGGACAUUCUACGAGCUCGACAGCCCACCACGGGCAUUCUUGAGUAUCCUUUCGAUCUUGAUGGAAUCAUAUUUAGAAUGGUGGAUGUCGGAGGACAGAGAUCCGAGAGAAGGAAGUGGAUCCAUUGUUUUGAGAACGUCACAUCUAUCAUAUUCUUAGUAGCUCUUAGUGAAUAUGAUCAAAUUUUAUUCGAAUCUGAAAACGAGAAUCGAAUGGAAGAAUCAAAGGCGUUGUUUAAGACGAUCAUCACGUAUCCAUGGUUCCAGCACUCGUCGGUCAUUCUGUUUCUUAACAAAAAGGAUUUGCUCGAAGAAAAGAUCAUGUACUCGCAUCUUGUAGACUACUUCCCGGAGUAUGACGGUCCGCAACGUGACGCCAGUACCGCCCGCGAGUUCAUCUUACGAAUGUUCGUCGACCUAAACCCCGAUGCAGAGAAGAUCAUCUACUCGCACUUCACUUGUGCGACUGACACUGAAAACAUUCGGUUCGUAUUCGCCGCAGUCAAAGACACAAUCCUGCAGUCCAACCUCAAGGAGUACAACCUCGUCUAAGUGACACCGAAGAUCCUGGCACAAAUCUGUGAUUGUGUGUAACCGUAAAUAAACAUCAUCACUUCACGACCGACUGUGUAAAUUUACGAACUGAGGACGAACUUAAUCAUCUAAACUGAUCGUAAGAAAUUAAGAUUAGAUCGUAAGUCAUUUAAUCAAAUAUUAGCACCAGUUCGGACGAUCCGCAUUUCUCGAUCCUCACCGUGAGAAAGGGUCGCCUCAUUGCGCGUUAGGUUUUUUGACAAGUUUUUUAUGAUGAAGUUAUUCACAACUUAUGUAUGUGUCUGUAUCGGUGAAUAUUAAAUUGUGCAUUUUAAAGUCGCGGCGGGACUCGACCUCGCCGCGAACUGCUUUUAGUCAUUGUUUUAGAUUUUUUGUAAAGUUUGUUGCCAUUAUAUCUUUCUACAUAAGUAUACAUUUAUUAUGUCCAGACGGAUGGAUUUGAACAAACUAGUCCAAACAACUUAGGCGAGUUUUAUCAUCCUCGUGAGCGGAGUCGGGAGACGGCUCGUGUCGAGGGAGGCCCCCCGCCUCCCCCCGCCGCCCCUCCCCCCACUCCCGCGUUACUAUUAGGUAUUUAUUUAAAUAAUGGAGUCCCACUCGGCGGCGACUGAGCGCGACGACGACUGCAUUCUAUCUCCCUUGUUUCGCUUGAAAGAUUAUAUUAUUAUCAUUUAUAUAGAUUGAUUGUAUUUUAAUAAACAUUGCGUUACUUUUGUACAUUGGAAUUUUGUUAAUUGAUACAUGUUAUGUGUUAUUAUUUAAACUUUUUAUGUAUAUGUUAAAAUGGUGUUUUUCUACACGAAUCGACUUGAUGCAAAGUGUUUACGUUAUCUGUAGGCUUCGUGUACGCAUGCUCCGGUGUAUUCGGUUUCUUCCUUACGUUGCCGUGAACAAAAAUUCCAUUUCACUAGACUUACGUCUGAUAGUGGUUACUACGUUAGUUGUGUAAGGAUAUUUUUGAAGCAUUUGUAUAACUUUUUUUACUAGAGAACCCAAGAUACAUUGAAGCGCAAUGUGAAUUGUAAAAAGCGGUGCCGAUGGUUUUUUUGCGCAAGAACUUUUACCACAAGAAAUGUAAUAUAUUGUACAUUUUGGUCUAAACGUGCGGAGUGAAUUGAGCUGACAGUUCAAUGGCAAGUUUUGCUAUUGGCACUUUCGACCGGCGCGAAGCACAAGUCGCACUUUAUGAUUGUUGUCCAGAUGUUAUAGUAUUUUAUUAUAUGCUUGUGUGUGUUGCUUUGUGUUAUAUUUUUAGUUACAUUUAUUUAUAGCUAGAAACGAAGUUUCUGUUUUAAAGAUAUAACUUAUUGAAUUAACUUAUUCGUUGUUGUAAACUUGUUUCCUCUAAUACCGUUCGAGUCGAGCUGCGAUAGACACUGUCAAUAGCAAAACUGUACGCUCUAAGAUACAGCUGUCUGUAAUGCUCAAAGUUUAACAUUGGAACUAAUCGCACAAAAACUUGAAAUAUUGUGUACUUUUUAUUGAUGUUAUUCAUGCAGUAUCUGUGUUCGCAUUGUACAUAUGACUACGUUUCGUUUGAUGCAAUUGUAUAGCAAUAUUGAAGUUACGUUGUUUAGCCUGGCGCUUGUACAGUAUGGGACAUCGCGGACGACUCGGAGCGACGUCGGCCGUGCGCGUACAUCCAGACUGACCAAAUAUUAUCGUAGAUAUGUAAUUUUUACAUUUAUCGAAAUAGAAAAAAAUAUAUAGAAACGCACUGACGCUAUUCAACAUUUUUUGAACAAAAUUCGCGUCAUUUUGAUACUAUUAAUUUUGAAUACCUAUUUAUUUUUAUAAUCGUUUAUUUUAUUUAAUACGAAUUAAGCCAUUGAACGAGUUGGUCGAAAUACUCGAUAGUUUUUUUGUGAAUGCGUGAUAUAAAUGCAUUUAGGAAUUGUAUUGUCAACUUCGAUUUUAUUUAGUAAUUCUGACAAUUUUGAAUUUAUAUAUUUUAAAGCAUUUAAUUAUUUUAAAUAUCUGAAUUAAGUGCUCAUAGUUAGUUGUACCUGAGAUUCAUUUAUUCAUGUGGUAAGGCCAGUAUAGCGAAACUUAGACUAUUUUUAAGCCGAAUCAAAUUUUUAAAGGAUCUGGUUAUGAAAAUAUUUUAAACUCUUUCGAGCCUUCGUGAGCCGUAUUCGACGAAGAUUUGUAGCAAAUGAACGGACGUGACAAAAUUGAGACAGUAAGUGAAUAUAAUUUGUACCAUAACAUAUAUCAUGAUAACAGUGAGUGCUGUACUAAAACUGCCUUUUGACGAGUAAGAUGUGUAACUUGUACGUAGUCGACGGAUGUAUGACGCGGUCGCGCUCGACGCGAUGUCGUGCAUUCAUAUCUUCCUUACGAAUGGACUGAAUUACGCGUUUUCACGGUAUUCUUACCUGUUUUUUCGUUUUUACGAUUGGGAAAUGACUAUUACAAUUGCAAAAACUAUAUUAUAGUCUAACGUUGCUUUACCUUUUGUGUGAGAUUGUGAGAAUUUUAGCUUAAGUUUCGACUGAAGAUGGAUGCCUGUAUGUAAUAUUGUAAAUUAUAAUUUCUCAUAAAAUAUAAUUUUUUUCAGCUA